CAAAAAUGACAUCUAGAUUGCGGUGGAGCAGGGAGCGACUGGGACGCUGAGGAAAAGAAAGAAAGAAGUCAGAGCUAGAUCUCGCUUUUAGGAUCUAACCAAAAAAAGACGCACCAAAAAGGCGCAUCAAAUUACGCGCGGUUUCCAGUGUGGAUGCCUCUGCUUCAGCGCGGACUUUUAUUGCCUCUUUGGAAAUGUAGUUGCAUUCUUGAGAAAAUCUCAAGAAGGCAAUUGUUGUUACUAGUUGAUGAGAGAAGUGAAAGCCGUUGAGGCUCCGUUUCCUGUGUUUGCCAGCGUGCUGCAGCUGGGCUGAAGAAGCCCCGCAGGGCUGACUGAACACCGGUCUUCUUUCCCCGCUUCAAACCUCAGACAGUCCGCUGACAGUCCGCUGCAAAAGUCGGUGGAGAAAAAAAAAAUGUGCGACCUGAUGCCAGCCUCCCAACCCGCGGAGAAAAUCGGAAAAAUGAAAAAGUUGAGGAGAACUUUGUCCGAGAGUUUCAGAAGUAUCGCUUUCAAGAAAGAGGACAGCGGCUUUGAUGAGAUAUGUGUCACAAAGAUGUCCACACGCAGCUGCCAGGGAACGGACUCGGUCAUCAAGCCCCUGGACACCAUCCCUGAGGACAAGAAGGUGAGAGUUCAGCGCACGCAGAGUGGCUUUGACCCGUUCGAGAAGCCCGCCAGCCAGGUGAAGAGGGUCCACUCUGAGAACAAUGCCUGCAUCAAUGCCAAGAGCUCAUCUGCCGGCAAAGAGUCGCCCAAAUUACGCCGACACUCCAGCCCCAGUUCUCCUACAAGCCCCAAGUUUGGAAAGGCCGAUUCCUAUGAAAAGCUGGAGAAAUUGGGAGAGGGUUCAUAUGCCACAGUUUACAAAGGCAAAAGCAAGGUGAAUGGGAAACUGGUGGCUCUGAAGGUGAUUCGCUUGCAGGAGGAGGAAGGAACGCCCUUCACAGCCAUAAGAGAAGCAUCUCUUCUGAAAGGCCUGAAGCACGCCAACAUCGUGCUCCUCCAUGACAUCAUCCACACCAAGGAAACCCUGACUCUGGUCUUUGAAUAUGUGCAUACAGACCUGUGUCAGUACAUGGACAAACACCCCGGGGGUCUCCAUCCGGACAAUGUGAAGCUGUUCCUGUUCCAGUUACUGAGAGGCCUGUCCUACAUCCACCAGAGGUACAUCCUUCACCGUGACCUGAAACCCCAAAACCUGCUCAUCAGUGACACUGGAGAGCUCAAACUGGCUGACUUUGGCCUGGCCAGAGCCAAGUCGGUCCCCAGCCAUACCUACUCCAAUGAGGUGGUGACCCUGUGGUACCGGCCUCCAGAUGUCCUGCUGGGAUCCACAGACUAUUCCACCUGCCUGGACAUGUGGGGAGUGGGCUGCAUUUUCAUUGAGAUGAUCCAAGGGGUGGCUGCCUUUCCUGGGAUGAAGGACAUCCAGGACCAGCUGGAGAGGAUAUUCCUGGUCCUCGGCACCCCAUCUGAGGAUUCCUGGCCUGGUGUUAACUCCUUGCCUCACUUCAAACCAGACCGCUUUACAGUGUACAGCGCUAAGAAGCUGAGACAAGCAUGGAAUAAGUUGGGCUACGUGGACCAUGCUGAGGAGUUGGCCUCCAGGUUCCUCCAGUGCUUCCCAAAGAGCCGGCUGUCAGCCCAGGCAGCGCUGAACCAUGAAUACUUCAGCAACCUUCCUCCACGGCUCUGGGAACUGCAGGACAUGUCUUCUAUCUUCACCGUACCAAAUGUCAAGCUGCAGACAGAGAGCGGGGACAGCAUACAGGUGUGUGCACGAAGGAACAGUCAUGGAAAGGCGUCCUCUGGCAGCAAACACUGACCUGAGGCAGCAUCCUGCACACGACUGCCUGACAGGUGGCUGUUGUAAAAAAAGAUGAAGACAAACAUGCUGAGAUGGAGGAUCCAGACGAAUGAAAGAGCCCCAGUUCUCUUUAUUUAUUACCUUCACAACGUGCGUGUGUGUGUGUGUGCGUGUGCGUGCGUAUGUGUGUGUGCGCGUGUGUGUAUGCAUGAGAAAGGGAGCAUAGAUACGGAUGCAUGUGUGCAUUAUGGAUGAUUACUUAAGAUUUCAGGCUAUCAUUUGCAAAUUUUGUUUACUUUUUAUAAGGUUACAAUAACUCAUAUCAUUGUCACAAUAUAAACAAAAGGACUUUACUAUUGGUACAUAUUGUGUUUUGUGUUUGUAACUAGCCUCCUAUUUAAGAAUGUAUAUUUGUAUGUACGAUAUACUCAUCUAGAAACUAUAUAAUGGACAAUUUUAAUAUUGCUACAUCUUCUCACCACUAUACCGCUCUCGCCACGAAACAGAAAUCAACACACAUACAGGAGACAUGCAUACAAAUAAAAUACACCUACAAAACAAAAAUAAUGCAGUCAGUUAAAAGAAUAAAGAAUCAAAAAUAGUUUUUCAUUUCUUUCUAAUCAGGUUUAAGUCUAAUUGGUGGAACCGCAGACAAUAAUUAAAAUGAUAGAGGGCUUUCAGGUGGUGUAACACAUUCUCUGGCGGCCAUAUUGGAGGUCCCCGGUUCUUUUGUCGCUGAGAAGAGUUCUAAAAACUCAGCUGACUCAAUUUCAGUUAACAGACUGUUCAUUUGCAUCAAUUUUUGGGGUUGAAGUUAUAAUUUAAUGACUGGUACAUGUGGCUGAUUUUCUGUUAAGAUAAUGUUAGCUUCUUAGACGGCUAACUGUGGUAUUUGCACGAUAAUUGUCACACUCUUGGUACACACAUCUGAUUUAAACACUAUAAAGCAUUUAGCAAAGUAUUUAGUAGGUAGUAGGUCAUAGAGGUUAGCACUUGUUUGUGAACAUAUUGAUCUUUUUCAGAUAUUUCUCUUUCUCUCCUUAUUUGCUAGUCUGAUUGGGUUAUGGUUGUAUAUUUGGACACCUAUACAGUCUUAUUUUUGUAAUUUUUGAUCAUUAUUCCUCUCACUUAACAGAACUUCAUUGCUGAGAUUUAUGAACUGCACUGUAAAACUGUGUGCACAUCUACAGUAAGUGCAUAGGUUAAAGUUGAACCAGGUACCUUACAACAGCUGCUAUUUUCCCCCAGUGGCCAACUGUGGUACUGCAGCAAAAAAUUCGUUAUGGCCCAAAAGACAUUUUUGAUUAUAAAACUAUUAGUGCUGUCAAAAUUAACACAUUCAUUUUUUUAAUUAAUUUGAAAUAUUUAACAUGUUCAAAAUAUUAAUGCGAUUACUGUCUUUUAGAGGCUGUAGUUGGCUCAGUUUUAAAGCUAGAAUGCAGAUACAUAUCAUAUCAUAUGAAACUAGACGACCUGAGUCAUCCACUGGUACCAACCAUGACAUGCUUGUUGGGAAGGACGUUAAAUAACGCUCCAAAGUUAGGCUAAAUUUUGGCGAGGGAAAACGGCUUCCUUUGAACACACUCUCUCUCUCUCUCUCUCUCUCUCUGUGUCUUCCACGUGUGAAUCACAAUCUUUCCUUGUUUGUUUUUUCAUAUUUUGAUGGACUAUUGUGGAUCUUGUUGAAAUUCAACUGGCACUUGAACAUGGAACACAUUUAUCAUUGUUAAUUAUUUAUAUUAGUGCAUAUACAGUAAAAAAAAAAAAUUGCCUCCUAAACUGAUAUCUAAUUUUAAUGGCCUUUUGAAAUUCAACUGGCACUUUAACAUAAAGGCCUGGGUUUUGUUGUUUCUGUUAGUGCAUAGAAGAAAUAUGCCUUUUAAGCUGACAGUCAAUUUUUAUCAAGUCAGUCAAGUUUUAUUGGAAAUCUGUAGUGCACAGGAGAGAAUUUGUGUUCAGAGUUAAAAAGAUGCUUUAAACAACAGUAUCUGUAUUUACUUCCUUGGUGUUGCUACUACAUUAAUUCAGUGAUUUUACAUUGUAAUAUCCAUUAUUACAAGCUUCAAUAUUAAUCACAGCAAAGUGUGUGAUUAACGAUUUAAUUUUUUAAAUCAAUGACAGCCCUAAAAACUAUAAGAUUAUAUAAAACUUUAACAGCAAAUAACAUCAGUUAUUACUCUUUGCACCAUGAUUUUUUCCCAGUGGCUAGAAAAGCUAUCUUUGAGGUCAGUGGAAGGUACUAGAAGCAAACCAGGAAGAGAGUUUUCUUUUUCUUUUUUUUUUCAUGUAGACACUUGGUGAACAACUUUUAAUGUAAUGAACAGGCAGUAUCCAGUUCUUCUAAUGCUUCCAUAGUCUAUUAAUGCCAUGUUCAUUUUAUUUUCACUUCAGAAUAAUUUAAACAGUGAAAUUAUUUGCAAUACAAUUAACGACUAUAAUCAACUUUUCACGUAUGAAUACACAUGAAAAUAAUUAAAUUUGUGAGUAAAAUGAUAUGAUAUCCCAAACAAAAUGCUAAUAAUCCUUUAAUCUUCCAGUGGACCUCCAUGAUGGAACCAGACCAGGCUGAUAUGAGUUCUGUGUUGCGACUGAAAAGCCUCUCUAACAUAAAUCAUCUCUGCUGGAGAUGUUGACGGUGCACACGUAACAUAACAAGAGACAGCACCAACCAGCGUGCGUAACAAUAUAGACGCAAUACUGUAAUGGAUAACAGCUGUAAGUGAGUGUGUGAGAGUGUGUGUGUGUGUGCGUGUGUGCGUGUGUGUGUGUGUGUGUGUGUAUCUUAAACAUGGGCAAUAGCUAAGCAUUGGUGCUUCCAUCCAUUUAUAUGAGCUAAUGUACAAAAGGUAAAACACCAAGGCAAUAGGCUGUGUGGCCUAUUGUUACAUCCGGCCCACGACAAUCCUCCCUUCCACUUUAUCUGAUACCAUUGAAAGAUCUGCAAUAUUCUAUCACAAAUACACCAUCUCAGUCAAUAACUUCAACUUUUUUUGUUCAGUUGAUGAGUCAAAUAUUAAGAUUAAUCUGGAGUUUUCCUAAUCUGAGAGAGUGUAGGGAUAAUUGAUUAGCAGUGUGCGUGUGCGUGUGUGUGCAGUAUGUGUAGUGUAAGUGGUGAAUAAGUUUGAUCAGUCCCUUCACCACUGACAUGUGUUCUCAUGCCCUCUCCCCCUCCCCCCUCCCACCCCCCUGAGUACAGCAGAAGUAGAGUAGGAGUAGAAGUAUGGUGAUCCUUGUGAAGUACUAUCAAUACAAUGGCUUUGAAAUCAGUCUGAAAUCAGCUGAACCAAUAAUACUGGCCCUGCACUGUUGAUUAGCUGAAGAGAUGAGGCUGCAAAUAUGACACCUUGGAUAAGUGGACACUGUGGAUAUUUCUCAUGUCGCUCAGUGACGUCUCACACACUCACUCACUCACACACACGCGGAUUCAUGAUAUAGAUGUCUUGCCUGCUAGAAAAAAAAAAUGUCUUGCACCCAUCUAGUCCUGUCAGCUACUGCUCACUAUAUACCUGCAGCCACCCCCACGCCCCCCUGCAGCUGGUAUUUGCUUGCCAGUCUAUCACAAUAAAUGAUAUGUUCUAAAUUUUUUCAAGUCUAUCUUAGUACAACACUCACAUUAUGCCGUUUGAGAGUGACUACACUGUAGGACGUGGUUUAAAAAAAAAAAAAGCUACAUUCCUUGUUCCGUGCCAACCUGCAUUUCAAAGUUUAGCCAAAGAUAAUCUGAGGAUUCAGCAGUCAGAGUUAGCCGAAUAAGGUAGUUUAGGGCUGCAACUAACAAUUAUUUUCAUUAUCGAUUAAUCUGUCAAUUAUUUCUUGAUUAAUUGAUAAGUUGUUUGGUCUAUAAAUUGUCAGAAAAUGGUGAAAAAGCCCAAGAUGUCGUCCUCAUAUGUCUUCUUUUGUCCCGACCAACAGUCCACAACAUUAAGCUAUUCAGUUUACUGUCAGAGAAUUUGGAAAAUAUUUACAUUUGAGAAGCUGUAACCAGAGGAUUUAGAUUUUUUCUUUAAGAAUGACUCCACAAUUUUUCUCAGGAGCUGCUGGACCAAACCACAGUUGGCAAAUGACAAACAGUACUGGACUUACAUUUGUUAGGUGGCUUGGAUUGUAGGGAUGUGCAGAGAGCCCAGUAUUUGUAUUUGUAUUUCUA